AUAUUAUUCAUUUAUCGAUGUUGGAUUACUCUCUGUUUAAAAUAAAGUAUGACUUGUACCUAAAACAAAAUAAAUCAUUCACUACCAACUACAACAUGCCGUCGUAUACAGUGAAAGUAAAAUGGGCACGGGAACUGUACCAUGAUGUUGUUGUUAAUACGGAUGAAAGGCCAAUACUAUUUAAAGCGCAACUUUUUGCUCUUACUGGUGUUCAUCCAGAACGUCAGAAGAUUAUGUGGAAAGGUGGCAUACUCAAAGAUGAUGAAUGGAAUUUGCAGCUGAAGGAUGAUAUUGUAGUUCUGCUAUUAGGUAGCAAAGAAGAAGUUCCGGAGGUUCCCAUAACGCCAAUUAAAUUUAUCGAAGACAUGAGCGAAUCUGAAGCAGCAACAGCGAUGCAGUUUCCGGCAGGGUUAACAAACUUAGGGAAUACGUGCUAUAUGAAUGCUACUGUUCAAUGUCUAAGAGCAGUACCUGAGCUCUGCGCAGCCCUAAGUAAUUUUAGCCAUGAUGAACGUGAUAGUAACUCGACUGCUUUUUCGAUUUCGUCCGCCAUGAAAGUUGUAUUUGCUCAAAUGGAAAAAGGUGCAACAAUCACUCCGAUUAUUUUACUUCAAGCUUUGCAUCGAGCAUCGCCACAAUUUGCACAGACUGGUGAUAACGGUACUUACAGACAACAGGAUGCUAAUGAGUGUUGGUCUGAGAUUCUUAAAAUGUUACAACAAAAACUUCGGCCCAUAAUUGAAGAGUCAUCAGAAGAUCUUGUUAAAAAAAAACAUACCUCUUUUAUUGAACAAUUCUUCGGUGGAACAUUUGAUGUUACGAUGAGUUCAAAUGAGGUCUCUGAUGAACCAGCUUCUGUGACAACCGAAAACUUUUUGCAACUUAGUUGUUUUAUUUCCAUGGAAGUCAAGUAUAUGCAAAGUGGCCUAAAAUCGAAAAUGAAAGAGCAGUUAGUGAAGUACUCUGAGACGUUGGGGCGAGACGCACAUUACACCAGAACAUAUUUAGUAAGUCGGCUUCCAGCCUAUCUAACCGUUCAAUUUGUACGAUUUCAAUAUAAGGGAAAGGAAGGUAUAAAUGCUAAAGUACUAAAAGAUAUUAAAUUUCCAAUUGAUUUUGACGCAUUUGAAUUGUGUACUCCCGAGUUACAAAACAAGCUUUGUCUGAUGCGCUCCAAGUUUAACGACUAUAAUAACAAACAGACGGAGAUUGAUUCUAGUCUAUUGGAAUCAGAAGUUAAUGAAGAAAAGAACUAUGAACAAUUUUGGUUUGACGAUGACUUGGGAAGCAACAACUCUGCUUACUACACUUUACAAGCAGUUUUAACUCACAAAGGGCGAUCUAGCUCCUCUGGUCAUUACGUGGCAUGGGUUCGUUCCUGUGGAGAUGUUUGGUUUAAAUUCGACGACGACGAUGUUACUUCCGUGACUACAGAUGAAAUUUUACGUCUUUCUGGAGGUGGAGACUGGCAUUGUGCAUAUGUUUUGCUUUAUGGACCUAAACGUUUGCAAAAGAUUUAGAAAUUUUUUGUCUUUCAUAUAAGAAAUGGCAUUCGUGUUUGCAACAAAAAUUUAAAUAAAUAUAUUGAUUAGAUUCAC